CCGGGACCUGCGACGCGCGCGCGCUCACCGCGUCGGAACUCGGAAGUGUGGGUGCCGCGAGGCCGAGAUCCCCGCGGGCUCUGGGCAGUACCGCGGGGGCACACACAUCCCCCCGAUGGCCCAGGAGCAGGGGUUGGGGUCCCGCGCGCUUCCCGGCUCUCAGACGCUCCUGGACGCCCUGCUCCGGAACCUCUACGAUUUUGGAGAGGCAGAAGAUGAAGCAGAACAGAAAAGCAUCAGAAAGAGAGUAGAAAACAAGAAGAGAGGUGCCGGGACUCCGGUGGCUGUGGCAACAGAGCCAGCUCCCCUACCAGGUUCUUCUGUAAGAGGCCAAAGGAAGAGUGCCUCCAGCUUCUUCAAGGGACUCCGAGAAGAGCUGCAGUGUGCACCUGCCGUGUCCCCCACCGGUUCCCCUUCAGGACCAGGAGUCCCUAGUGCUGCAGUGUUUCCCUCAACCCUGAAGAACAACAGGGAGCCAGUAGAAGUGAUAGAAUUUCACAGCGGAAAUAAGAAAAGAAAAGAGAAGCUGGGUGAAGAUGAGGACACGCAGACCAAAACUAGUAUCCCUGAGAAAGAUGUGGAUAGACAAGAAUUUAACUUAGAGAAGGCUCGCUUGGAAGUGCACCGGUUCGGGAUCAGGGGUUAUGGAAAAGGGAAAGAACGAAUCCUGGAACGGGAACGUGCCGUCAUGCUGGGUGCUAAGCCUCCCAAAAACAGUUAUGUGAAUUACAAGGUGUUGCAGGAGCAAAUCAAAGAAAAGAAGGCAGCGAAAGAAGAAGAAAAGAGAACGGCCCAGGACACAGAUAUUUUCAAGAAAAAGAAGAGGAGAGGGCAGGAAGACAGGAAAUCCAAAAAGAAGAAAUCAGCUCCCGGUAUUUUGUCCAGUGGACGGAUCGGGCAGGUUGGAAGAUUCAAAAAUGGGACACUGAUUCUGAGCCAGGUUGAUAUCAAGAAAAUAAAUUCCUCCCGAGUGGCUAAGUGAAGUCCUUCGUAAAAUAGAGAGAGGAACAGGAAAGUGCCGCUGCAUUGAAACUGGACCCCUACAUGACUUCCAGAUUGUUCUUACUUAUUUUAUAAUUCAUAGACUGCUUUUCUAUUUUUAGAGAAAAAAACAUCAGAUAGAAAUAAAAAAAUUUGUAGUUUCUGAA